AUGCCUUGGUCCGAUACGAUACCAAUGGAGUGUCUUCGACUUCAUUUUUUAAUUUCUAUAUGCUUCAGUGAUUCAUCGCCUACGACGACGUCAUCCCCGCGUUACGACUAUCACUGGCAUGCUGAAUUCACGCACGUCAUCUGUUGCGUGAUUCCCACAGUCACGCCUUUUACCCCCUACGGCUUGGCCCCCUUCACAGGAAUAGGAGAUGGCACUCUGGAUUUAGCUCUGGUUCCGAAGAUUUCCAGAUGUCAUAACAUACAAUUCAUGCGAAAGGUUGCUAUGUACGGAGGGAAAGGGUGUACCAGAGCUGCCGGGACGUCUGAACUUGUCGAGUGCUGA